AGUGUAGUUUUUAUUUAUCGCAGAGAGGUAAAGUGACGAUUAUUUUUAUUUUUCGGUUUUUUAAACAAGCAAGUUUUGUUCUUCUGUUCUUUUCGGUACUUUGCCCAGAGCGAGCAAAAAUAAAAAUAAAUAAAAAAUGCAAGAGUUGUUUAAAUCGUCAAUUGAAUGAAAAUGUGAAUACAAAAAAGUUCGAAUUUACUUUCAAUCGAAAUUUCAAAAAACGCAAAAACACACAAGAAAAAGUGGAAACAUUUCGUAUAUGAUUUUCGCCGCAAAAGAAAAAUCGAUUCCAGACAUUUCAAAUCAUCCAGUGAGGAGCAGAGUGGUAAUUCUUCUCGUCCUUAAAGAAAUCCUGUCGUCACCGUUUUUAUUAUUUUAUUUUUGUAUUUGUACUUCGUACGUUCCCUAUUCUCAUAUUUUUAUAAAAUAUUGAAGAAGGGAACAACGACGACGGACGACGACUAACGGAAGGAAAUAUAAUGGAUUGUGUGGCUAAUGUAAUAUACUGCGGAGGAUGGAUUUAGAGAGGGAACCCCAAAAACAAUGGCAGACCCCUGUACAAAUCCCGAGCCCGACGACAAUGCAGCAGCAGCAGCACCACAAGCACUAUCCAAAGUCAAACUAGAAGAAUUCGAUGACGAAAUUCCGGAACCUAUUCAAGUUCUCGAUGAAAUUUUAUCAGAAUUUGAAGAACCAGAAUCGCUACCGCUGAUACAGGAUCAAGGUAGUCCAUUACAAGGUAAUCAAUCUGAAGAUGAUGGAUACAUGAGCAUGAAUGGAAGACGGACAACGAAGGUGUCAACGCCUCCAGAACAGCAAAAAUUUGGGCCUGUAGUUGAAUCGAAUGAUAGUGGGCAUUGUGAAAGCAUAGAAAAUCAUGAUCACACAAUGGAAAACAAUGAUUCAAAAGAAGGAGAAGAAGAAUUGGUGGAAGAAAAGAAACCAUCAGCUUCAUCUUCUCCUGUACGUUCUUGCGAAAACAAUAAUUUCAUUGCUACCCCCACCGACCCUAUCACGGUGGUAAAUGAAAAAAAUGGUGGUGAUAAUAAUGUUGAAACAAGUCCUGUUAAAAAAAUCACUAGUCAAGAAAAACUACCCAGCGAGCCAAGCAUCAGCCAAACAACUCUGCCAAAAGCACGAACUACAGCAUGUAUUCCAUCCAAAUAUUCAAGUCUUCCAUGCUCAGGGGCUCAUAAAUUGGGCGACCGAGCGAUAUCAAGUGGCAGUUUUGAUGGUGAGCGAAAUGCUCUUGGUAUUGAUAUAAGUGCUGUACACAAUGCUGUCAUACGUGGAGGAGUUGCAAGAAUUCCUGAAACUAUUGUAAAUGAACAUCCAGUGACAAUAUAUCCCGGCAGAGCAUCACCACCUCGAACUCGGGUACCACCACGUACUCUAGCUAGCUCUGUUGAAAAGCAUCGAGAAGUUUGUCGAAAUGCACAAUUUUCAAAUACAAACGAUGCAGAUAUUUUUGUGACUAACAUUGCAUCGAAUUCUUCUCCCUUAAAGCGACUUUUUGCCACUUCACCAUUGUCCUCAGUUCGCAAUGGUGGCGUCGGCAUCGGCGGCAAUGAAUUAGCGAAUUCGAAUUUUGAAACUCAACGAAUUAUCAUAACCGAUUCGUUGAAGAAUUUCGCAAAACUGGAAAGCAAUAUCGCUUUGAAAUCGUCCAAUAAUAAUGCUUUCGGUGAAAAACGACGCUUAAAUGACAGUUCUAGCGAUGAAGAAUUUUCUGAUGAUUCACUUGAAGAUCAAUCAUUACCACCGCCACCAGCGCCACCUACUGUACCCCCAACACCAUCACUUUCUGCACCUGCAACACCACGCAAACGAGGAAGUAUUUCAUGGGAAAUUAAUUUGGAUGAAGUUGAUGAUGCAGGAAAUAAUAUUUUCGGCAGUAAACACAAGUCAGGUAAUAAACUCAAAAAGGCCGGCAGCAGGGAAAGGCAAGAGUUUACCAGUGCAGCUGUUUUUAAACCAGUGAUUGAACGAAAUAGCACAAGCAUUUCAGAAUCAAGUGUUACAUCAACUAGUGACAAUGGGCAGGAACCACUCGAAGCUGCUCAACAUCAAGUUCAAGUUUGUAGUACCGAAGAUGAAGCUACGUCAAUUUAUUCCGAUGCCGAAGACAUAUUGCCUGUAUUUCCGGCAAAUAUGGUCGGGAAGGGAACAUUCAUUAUACGAAAGGGCAGAAAAGAACGUCAACAAUUGCCUGAAUUAUUUGCCAUAAAAUCCACUUCAAUGCAUUCAAAUCUUAGUCCGGAGUGUAAUUCAUCAAGUACUUAUAAUAACCAAAGCCUUAUGAUACCGAAUUCAAGACAUAGCAUAGAUUUAGGUAUGUCGUCGUCGUCGUCGCAUAAUCAUUCAAUUUCUAGAGAACAAAUUGGAUUGUCUCCUAGAUCGAGGUUAUCAUUAGAUUUAGGAUCACCAACUUUUGAAUCCCCCAAUCAACAUCAACAUUUCUCUGAAAACCGACCUACGUUCAGUAAAACAGCAUCAUUUGAACAUCCAUCACAAUUGCUACAACGCCCUAACGAUUAUAAAAUCGAAAAAGACACAAAAUCGGCGAAAAAUGGAAGUGAAGGGUGCCUUAACAACAUGGAAAGUAGUGGAAAUAAUUAUUCGUCUGGAUUUUUCUCACUUAGCAAUAGCAAUCCAAAUGUUUCUUCAUCUUCGAUAAUGCGACAACAGGCUAGUUCAGGUGAUCUUCAUGCUUCAACUGCUACAACACCACGCCGUGAAUUAGCUCCACCAUUAGAAGAAGAUGAAGAACAAUAUAGUGAAUCUCAAUCUGGCUGUGCCCCAUUGCGUCAAAUAGAAAAUAAUAUAAGUGCGUUAUUGCGUGGUGAUAUAUCGGUUGCCCGGGUAGGUGAUAUAACACAACAACGUCGUUCUUUGGGAUUCCGACCUGGUGUUCAUAAAUCUGAAAGUGCUAAAGAAAUGCUUUUGUCACAGAAUGCGUUCGGUCCUUUGCCGCCGACACCGACUUCGUCCAGUCCAGAGUUGGUGGACUCCGAUGGCCUUCCUCCAUUGCCGCCCUCACCAACAGAUGUGGAAGAUAAUAUGGAUUCUGAUCAUAUUACUUCAGGCAUUCAUGAUAUAAAAUUGCAUUCGAAGCCUAAUCAUUUUGGGAAAUACACUCCUGAUGAAUCAACAAUACCACAACCACCUGCUAUUCCUCCGCAUCGUAGCCCAAUGCCGUCAAAUACAAUGAAGGCUCGUUCCAUGGACGGUGGUUAUUCGAAAAAAUGUGGCAAAAAUUACGGACAUGGCAGCACACCAGGGACAUUGCCGUGUGAAAUGCCAGUUUGUGGUUCAACUAAAAGGAAUUUACCAGGUUCAUAUUCAAGAAGAACACCACCAACUCAAACAACACCCAGGGAAGAGAAUCGCCUUCAGACAUCUUGCAGCUUACCAGAAACACCAAUAUUUGCUAGAGGGUGUGACAUUGCUCGUACACCGCAUCGACGUCCUACAGAACCGACUGUUGGUGGAGGAGGAAGUGUCUCACGAACAGCACCACGGUCCAGUACAAAUGCCCAAAAUAUGAAUUUUGGUUCCUCAAUUGUUGGAAUAGGAGCUGGCAACACACUCACAGGAUGUAGACAGCGAACUCUCAGUCAAGCAUUACAAACUGGUGAAAUGCUUCGAUUGACUGGUGGCCCGGCUCGUGGGUGGUAUCCAAAACAAAGAUCCAUGCGUCCUGCUUCUACAGAAAAUCUCGACCAUUUACAUAGAAUACAACAAUCUUCUUCCAUGCGGGCAUGGGAUGGAACUGCUGGAAUGUCCGGCACUGGUAGCAGUCGAAAGCCUCUAACUCUGCCUCCUAAUCUAACACCAACAUUUUUGAAUAAGUCACCACGUGAGGCCCUACGAAGGGUCACUAGCCUUCUUAUAAAAAAAGGCAAUACAAAAGAACGAGAAAGUAAAAAGAACAAAGAUGCAGUUUCCCCUCAAUCCGGGGGACAACAUGGUUUGGAUUCAUCCAAAGUUCUAGCAAAAGAGAGCACAUCGAAUUUCAAUAACAAUUUACACAAGUCACAGAAGAAAAAAGGAUUUUUCAAAAAUUUCUGGAAAAAAUCCAAGCAUUAUUCAUUGGAUCAAUAAACAAAAACAAAAUAUUUAUACAUAUAAAAUUUUUAACAAACAAAAUUAUUAAUUAUAAAUAAUUACAAAAAAAAUUAAUUUAUAUACAAAACAAAAACAAAAAAGGAUAGCACAUAAUUUUCUACUAACUAAUUAACUAACUACGUACGAAAUAUCAUUAAUAGCAUUUAAAAGAAAACAAAAAUCGAAACUUUUCGGACUACAUACAUCUAAUGAAAAAUAAGAAAGAAAACACACACCAAAUAAAUAAAUACAGUAACAUAAAAUAUUUUAUGAAAAAAAAAACAAAACUCUCGGAUGAAGAAAUAAAUAAAGGUAAUGAUUUUUUUUACAAGAAAACGACUGAAAAAUUGAAAAUAAAUAAAAAGUUUUCCCAAAAAAAAGUAUUAAAAUUAUAUUAAAAACAAAUACAUUUUUUAAAUAAAAAUAUAUAUAUAUAUACCUUAAUAUAUAUAUAUGUAUAAAAACAAAACGUAUUUAAAACAAUAGCAAUUAUUAGAUGCACAAAUCUUUUAACUUUUCAAACUAAAAAAAACAAAAAGGAAUACGUAUACCGUUUUUACACACGACAUGAAAAAUGGAAAUUUUACUUCACUUCCAAUUAUAAUUAUUAACGAAAAGAAAACAAAUAAAUAAACAAAAUUAACACAUAAAACACAUUAUAUAUAUAAAUAUAAAUAUAUUUAUUUAUUUUUGCACUUAUCAUCCCUUAACACCCUAACAAAAAUUUUAAGAAUAAAAGAAAGAAACAACAAGAAAUAUUUGUUAAAAUGAUGGAUUAUAAUGAUGAGCGAGGCUUAUGGGGAGGGCUUAAUUUUGUACGUACCUACAUACAUAUCUGACAAUGAAACGGAAGCUCUUUAAUUAAUUGCAUUCCUUUAAUUAUACAGUUUUGCAAAACAAUAAUUUACAAAUAUUUUUUAUCAAUUUUCACACUUCGUGAAUUAAUCUUUAUUCGGGUAAACUUAAAGCCUAUACAGAACGAAAAAAGUCAUCCUAUUGACUAUUUUUGUAGUCAGUUUUAAGUCGAUAACCGCAAUAGUCAAUAGGACAAUUUUUGGUUUUCAAUUUUGGGAUCUGAAAUUUGUUUACAACUUGGUAGUCAAUAUGGCAACUGUAGUAGUCAAUACGACAACUUCGGUUGAAGGAAAUUAAAACGGCGGUUGUCAUAUUGACUAUAGUGGUAUUCAAUACGACAACUGCGUUCGUCAAUAUGAUCACUGCAGAAGUCCAUAUAUGACAACUGCGGUAGCCAAUAUGACAAGUUUAGUUUACUCCUUUUAGAAAAUGAAAAAUUUACUUUUAAUAAAAUAGAUUUUUGAUCCGAACACUUGAUGACAAAGCUCUGUAGAUUUUAAUUCUCUUGAAGUCGUAAAGCUCACUGUCAUUUGAAAUUAAAAACGUCCCAUACGUGAUUUUUAUUUUGUACGGAUCUCAAAUAUCGUUGUGAAUUACAAUGAUAUAAGUAACACAAUCUUGUUGUUUUGCGAGUAAUGUUUAGCUGUUUUUUUUUUAACAAAAGAAAAAAUAAUCCUAUCCUUAUUAACAGAACGAAAGUGAAGUGAAAAUGUUAGUAUAAUUUCGAGUGUGGAAUUAAACUUUUUGAAACUUUACGUAAAGGGCAGAAUAAAGGAGCAAAAUACAUAAGGAGGGGAUUUUUGGUCAUACUUUACGGGGCCCCAUAAUACGAAAAGGUUAAAUUUGAAAGAAAAAACUUUAAAACAAAAGGGGGUGGAAUGUAAAUUAAAAAUUGUAUUGAUUGUCAUUUUCUAAUGUUUUGCGUUUCAAGCCUAAUUAAAAAAAAAAACUAUAGGAUCCGCCAAAUAACUUUUUUUUUUGAAAAUGCUAUAAAAAUACCAGUGUAGCUUCGGAUGUGUAGCACAUGAGACAUGAGCGAAUGUUACCAUUCACGAAAUAGGCACUAGUUAAAGAAAACGUUAGAUGGCGAAUCUAUGUAUGUAUAACUAUGAGCUUCGAAAGAUAAAGUAGGUUAGGUGCAUCAUUGUUUUCUCCUAAGUAGUAUCAAAAAUAAGACAGAAACACCUUACACAGAAUGCGGGAGGACUCUUGAUAGGUAGUUAUAAAAGAUACGAUCAUAAAAUCGUAGUCAAACCAAACCCUGUGUUCUUAUAUAGGACUAAAUAAGCCACAACAGAAUUGGCAAAUCGGAAGUCUGGUUUCACAAAAAAUUAAUUAAAACAAAAAAAAACAUACAUAUUUUAUGGUGAGAUAUAUGAGGAUACGUUUGAUUCUGUUAACAAAUCUAACAAUAACAAAAAUUGCAAUUAGUUGGAUAUACAUAAAUAAUUAAUUAAAUAAACAACAACAAACAAGCAAAUCAAUUGGCAGCCAAAUAAUGUAGCAAACCUAUGGUAUUAAGUAGAAAGUAUUAUAUUGUUGUGAAAAUUCACAUUUAUAUUUACACAAACAUUUAACAUUAUAUAGUAUUUUAGAAGAAAAAACAAAAACCUUAACAAAUAAAAGAAAUAAAUAAAUUUAAAAACAAAAAACUUUGAUGUGCGUGUGUGUUGUAGAAUUUAGUUGCAUCGGAGGACAUAAUCUCAUAUGUUAUUUUUUCAUAUACUAUAUACAAACAUUUAUAUAUUUUUCCAUUUAUGCAAUUAAUUAAUUGAUGACAUAUAAAUUAUAUAAUUAAAAAGUGUAUAAUUUCUUUUUAUUUCAAAACAAAAAACACUUAGAAGCUUUGUGAAUUGUGGUGAUGGUGAUGAUGAUUGAAAAAUAAAAAUGUACAAUAACAAUAACAAACAAAAUAAAAACAAAAAGUCUAGUCAUACUGCUUUAGUUUGUUUUUUCUCUUUUUUUAAUAUAUUUUUUACUAUUUUUUAUUUGUUAUUAUUUAUUUAACAAAUAUUUGCAUACAAUUAAUACGCAACAGAAAAGGAAAAACAACUAUAAAAUCGAAUAAGACCCGAAAAGAAGGAACAAUUUACUUUUAACUGAAUUAAAAUAAAAUAAUAAAGACAUUUAUUUUUAUUUUUUCUUAGUGAAACCAGACAAAUUAAAAAUGAACUUUUUAAAAAACUCUGACACAUUUUUUGAAAACAAAAUAAACA